GGAAAUCAUUAAGGCUACAAUGAAGGAGCUCGCAAAGCUUUUCCCCGACGAGAUCUCUGCUGAUCAGAGCAAAGCAAAGAUCUUGAAGUAUCGCGUUGUCAAGACUCCACGGUCCGUAUAUAACACCGUACCUGGCACGGAGCCUUGCCGCCCCCUGCAAAAAAUCUCCGAUCGAGGGAUUCUAUUUAGCCGGCGACUACACGAAGCAGAAAUACUUGGCUUCGAUGGAAGGCUUUGUGCUCAGUCAAUUGUGCAGGAUUAUGAAUUGCUGUCUGCGAGAGGGCAGAGAAUGGUGACAGAGGCAAGCUUAGUCUAGCUAGUUUCUUGAAAAAAAGAAAAAGAAAAAAUUGAUUAUUUGUAAGAAACAUACAAAAAAGUGUAUACAUAGAUAAGGGGAUAAUAUAUUGCUCCUUUAAAAACUGGUUUUUGAUGAUUGAUUAAGGUCAGCAACUUAUAACUGCCUA